AUGCAUCCCGAUCAGGCAAUGGAGCAUCUAGGCGCCUAUGGCCGCUUUCAGAUGUGUGUGUUAGCAUUGGGGUGUCUGAUAACGUUUGCAUGCGCAUGGCAGUUCCUUGGAAUUACAUUUUUGGCUCAGGAUCCAGAGCACCACUGUAGGCUUCCUGCUGGAGUCACUGAGCUGAACGGAACGAUUCCGUACGAAGACGGAAAGUGGGCGCAGUGCAGCAUUUAUGACCCGGCAUCCACCAAGACGCCACCUGCUAACAUAUCCUGUCCCAAUGGCUGGAAAUACAGCGGAGAAUUUCAGAAGACUGUCACUGCAGAGUGGGAUCUUGUUUGCGGCAAUGCUUUCAUGAAAGACACCGCAUCUGCCGUAUUCAUGGCCGGCGUCUUGGUAGGAGCGCUGACCUUACCAACCAUCGCAGACAUGAUCGGACGUAAGCGCGUCAUCUCAGUCGGCUUAGCGGCCAUGUUCGUUUUCAGCGCUACGAUCGUCUUCGUCAAGAGCUUCGUUGCAUUCAUCGUCAUGCGGUUCUUUACAGCGCUUCUGCUAUCGGGGAGCUAUUUAAGUCUAUAUGUGUUGUGCCUUGAGUGGUUUCCACCUGCUCAGAGAGCAUUUGCUGGCGUGGUAUUCUGGGUUCCUUGGGUCGGCGGAUACUGCGUGCUGCCAGUAAUUGCAUAUUUUGUACACGAUUGGCGCCACCUACAGCUGAUAUUUACCAUCCCUAUUGCAGUCGUCUUUUGUUAUCCAUGGCUUUUACCAGAAUCAGUGCAUUGGCUUGUCUCUCAGAAUAAACGAGAUACUGCAAUGGAACUCGUUCAGAAAGCUGCAAAAACGAAUGGCAGUACGCUACCAGAUAAAUUUAACUUAAAUGCACCAGAGAAAUCGAGCGAGGAGGGAAAGAAGACUCUUUGGCACGUUCUGCACACACCUCUGUUGAGAGUCUAUGCUGUGAUGAUGUGCUUUUUGUGGUUUGUUAAUUCACUUGUGUACUAUGGCCUAUCAUUUGGCGUGGCAUCAUGGGGAGGAAACAUAUACGUGAACUUCUUCCUAGCUGGUCUUAUUGAAGCUCCAUCUUACGUCGUAUUAAUAAUCUCAAUGAAAUGGUGGGGAAGACAGAAGCCAACAUGCGUUUUCCACUUGAUAGCAGGCAUUCCUCUCCUGAUUUUGCCAUUUCUUCCACAGAAAACCGGCCCAUGCUUCGAUCUUCCUGGAGAGCGUCCCAUAACGCCACCGGUGGGCUCGACCUCGUAUUUUGCGCACGGUUCUAACAUCAUUGGGAAGUUCGGAAUCAGUACAUCGUUUGGCGCAAUCUACCUCUUUGCUUCUGAACUGUAUCCCACCGUAGUAAGGAAUGCAGGUCUCGGCAUAUCAUCCGUAUUUGCACGCAUCGGCGGUAUCAUAGCCCCAUAUCUGGCCAACAGCAUUGGCAUCUUGGAGCCUAAAGCACCACCGCUGAUAUUCGCCGCGUUGUCUAUACUAGCGGCUGUCGUCUCCGUUAUUAUUCCUGAGACAUCACAACUGCCACUUAUGGAGUCUCUGGAGGAUUCCCGAUUUCUCAGUAAAAGCUAUCGGGAUGCACGUCUGCUAAUUGCACAAGAACCCAGAGAGACAUCACUGGAGACAAAACCGACGAAUAAUAAAGUCCGGCCAAUUGAUGUGGAACCUGUAUUUACUUUACACAAUAGUAUGCAAGAAAAAGAAGAUCCAAAGCCAAUUGUUACAUAUCAUACGUCUCUGUAAU